AUGGAUCAAGCGGGAGGUAUCGGUGCUGCUACAAGUACUGCAAUCGAGUUGAAUCUGAGGGUCUUUACAUACAGAGAGCUCGCGGAGGCUACAGAAGAUUUCACGGAAGAGCUGGGAAGAGGAGCUUUCGGGAUCGUUUACAAAGGUUUUUUAAAAGUUGGUGGCGAUUCUGAAGUUGUCGUAGCUGUCAAGAAACUAGACCGUCUCGCUCAAGAAAACGAGAAAGAAUUCAAGAAUGAAGUUAAAGUGAUAGGUCAGAUUCACCACAAGAACCUGGUGAGGCUGAAUUGGUUCUGCAACGAAGGGCAGAGCCGGAUGAUAGUCUACGAGUUCUUACCAAACGGGACGCUAGCAGAUUAUCUCUCCAGGCGUCCUAGACCGAGCUGGGAAGAUAGAAGGAGAAUCGCCGUUGGGAUUGCGCGUGGAAUCUUGUAUCUACAUGAAGAAUGCAUCGAGAAAAUCAUACACUGCGACAUAAAACCGCAGAACAUACUGCUAGAUGAGUAUUACAGCCCUCGGAUUGCGGAUUUUGGUUUAGCAAAGCUUCUGAUGAUGAACCAAACGCAUACUCUCACGAACAUCCGCGGAACCAAAGGUUAUCUCGCAACCGAGUGGUUCAGGAACAGUCCCAUUACAUCAAAUCAAAAGUAG